AUGUCAUCAUUAGAAAAGACACUAUUUCAAUUGAAGUUUACUAGUAAACAACUAGUACGACAAUCAAAGAAAGCUGAAAAGGAUGAAAACACUGAGAAAACUAAAUUGAAGUCGGCUUUAUCCAAAGGUAAUCAAGAUACAGCACGGAUAUACGCAUCAAACGCUAUUAGAAAGAAAAGUGAGGCUCUAAAUUUACUUCGAUUAUCUUCAAGAGUAGAUAGCGUAGCCUCAAGGGUCGAAACAGCUGUAACAAUGAAAACAGUUUCCUCAUCAAUGAAGUCUGUUGUCAGUGGUAUGGAUAAAGCGAUGAACACUAUGAAUCUGGAUAUGAUGUCUGCUAUAAUGGAUAAAUUCGAAGUUCAAUUCUCAGAUUUAGAUAGUCAUACUCAGUACAUGGAGGGAACGAUGCACAAUGCAGCUGAAGCUCAAUCGACACCUCCAGAAGCAGUUGAUAGUCUUUUACAACAAGUCGCAGAUGAAGCAGGCCUCGAAUUAAGUCAAAAAAUAGGUGCACAAAACGUAGAUAACGUUCCUGAACUUGAUAAUACAAAUGAAAACAAAGAAAGAAAUGAAGAUGCUUUGAUGCAAAGACUUAAAGCAUUAAGGCCAGCUGCAUAA